AUGGCCGAGCAGCCCGCCCCGGGCUUUGCGCCUACUGCGCAGACCCAGAUUGACGUAGUCUGCGGCCCCUUGAUCAACUUCAAGAACAUGGACGUGACUCCGACAUCGUCCGUCUGGCGUGGCAGCGUGUUAAUUGUCACCAAGCCCGGUCAGACUCCGCCGCAGCUGCUCUUGCGCCAGGCCGGUCCUGUCGGCGACAGCGCGGCGGUCAAUGGCGCCGCAUCCCAGGAGACUACAGUUGAGGGUCUCCGCCUCUAUGAAGAUCCCGGGAAGGCCUUCUGGCGGUUCUCUAUCGCUGUGACCCAGGAAUCCUACGAGUCGCGCUGGGAGUACCGCAUCCCCGGUUUUCGGUAUGCCGACGGUCCGGAAGUCAUCACUUCCUGGGACUUCGUCGUCCCCUCGGCGUCGCAGUCUAUGCGCCUGAUGUUCCAUUCCUGCAAUGGCUUUUCCGUUGGCACCGACAUGGACGCCUGGCUCGGUCCGAGUCUGUGGAAUGAUGUCCUGCGGGUACAUGCGCAGAAGCCCUUCCACGCCAUGAUCGGAGGUGGGGACCAGCUUUACAACGACGGCAUUCGCGUGGACGGUCCCCUGAAGCCGUGGACCGCCAUUAGCAAUCCGCACAAGAGACGCGCGCACGACUUCAACAAUGUCAUGCGUGCUGAAUGCGACGAUUACUACUUCGCCAACUACAUCCGCUGGUACUCGACCGAGCCGUUCAAGGCGGCCAACGGACGGAUCCCGCAGAUCAACAUCUGGGAUGACCACGACAUUAUCGACGGCUUCGGCUCCUACACCGACCAUUUCAUGCGGUGCUCCGUCUUUCGCGGCAUCGGAGGCGUCGCCUUCAAGUACUACUGCUUGUUCCAGCACCACAUCGCACCGCCCAAGUCCACCUACACCACCGACGCCCCGCAAACCAUGCAGGCCGUCAACGGUACAGCCGGAGCCGAUCCCCGGCAGCUGGAAAAUACCUUCGUGCUGGAAAACCAGCCGGAGGAUGACAGUUGGAUCAUUGGCAGACGCCCCGGCCCCUACGUAGAAGAGCGGAGUCGAAAUCUCUACAUGCGUCUGGGCAAGCGAAUUGCCUUCAUCGGCGUGGAUGCCCGUACCGAGCGCACGCGUCAUCAGGUAAACUAUCCGGAUACCUACGACGACAUUUUCGCUCGGCUGGAACACGAGGUAUCCGCCGCCGCCGGGGAUAUCAAACACCUGGUCGUGUUGCUGGGCGUGCCCAUCGCGUACCCCCGUUUGGCCUGGUUGGAGAAUAUUCUGAGCUCGCCCCUGAUUGCCCCGAUUCGCCUGCUGAACAAGCGCUUCGGGUUUGCCGGCGGCUUCUUCAAUCAGUUUGACGGCCAGGUCGAUCUGCUGGACGACUUGGACGACCACUAUACCGCCCGUCAGCACAAGCGCGAGCGGCGCGUCUUCAUUCAACGUCUCCAGGAUUUCGCCAAGGCCCACUCCGUUCGCGUGACGAUCCUAGGCGGCGACGUCCAUCUGGCCGCCAUCGGCCGGUUCUAUUCGAACCCCAAGCUGGGCCUACAGACGGACAACGACGCCCGGUACAUGGUCAACAUCGUCAGCAGUGCGAUCACCAACAAGCCGCCGCCCAAGGCCGUCGCCAACCUUUUGGCACAGCGGAACAAAAUCCACCACCUGGACGCGGAUACGGACGAGACUCUGAUGGAUAUGUUUGACCGGCAACCCGGUGGCCAGGAAAAGAGUGCCUCGUGGAACAAGGUCACUAUGCCAUCCCGAAACUACGCGUGCAUCACCGAGGUCGACCCGCCCGUCCCCAACGAGGACGGUUCAAUUCCCCAGAGCAGCUGCGCCAUCGAACAUCUGCCGAAAGAUGGACAUUCUCCCCUCCAUAAGGCCGAAGCCGAAGCCGGCUCGUCUUACUCGGCGGCGGACGGCUUCAGCAACCGAAGUGGCGUCUACGGCGGUUUGGACGUGUCCAUCCGCGUGGAGAUUGACCCUCAGAACCGUGAAGGUGCGACGGACGGAUAUGGGUUCAGCAUUCCCGCAUUGAACUACAUUGCGUCGCAGGACAGCACACGACGCAGUUCACGUCCCCGUUCGGCACGCCCUCGUUCCUCUCAAUCGCAGGCGCAGGCCAAGACAACUCGUCCUCAAACGGCUACGAAUUAG